AUGGAGUUCAUUGGUGCUUAUAUUCUAUCGCCCAGCUCGGUGAUCAUAGCUCUGUUGACGGUGGUUUUCUUGGUUCACCAGUCAUGGCCACGUCUUUCUCGACCGAAGAAAACUCGACAAUUAUCUACUGAGUCCUCCAGGGUGAAUGAUACAGACAGUUUGACAGUUUCCAAGGAGCCCGAACUCCCUGAGGGAUGGUGGUCUGGCCGUGACGUUUUCGAGCUUGAACGACGAGCUAUCUUUAGCAAGUCAUGGCUAUAUCUUGCCCAUGUCACCCAGUUUGGCAAGGCUGGUGCGUAUCAAUCUUUUGACAUUGCUGGUUUCCCGAUCUUCUUGAUCCGCAGCAAGGAUGAUAAAAUCCGCGCAUUCCACAAUGUAUGUCGACACCGCGCCUAUACCAUCACUAGAAAAGAGACUGGCACGUCCACCGUGCUUGGCUGCCGCUACCAUGGUUGGAGCUAUGAUACUACCGGCCGGCUAGUUAAAGCACCACAGUUUGAAGGCAUCCCGGGCUUUGACAAAUCUGAGAAUAGCCUCUUUGAGAUCCACACUCACACUACUGAUCAUGGAUUGGUGUUUGUGAACCUCGAUGCUGGAAAUCCUGCUCCUUUCCCUGACUCUACUGCUUUGGAUUUGGACAGCUUUGCGAGCACUGCUCGCCUGGGUUCCAAGUCUGAAUGGAUUGCUGGCCAGACUCUUACCGGCUCGUUCAACUGGAAAUUUGGGAGUACGUUUGCCAAGAGCAGCCCUGUUGUCCCAAAUAUUGACUUGAUCACUAUAGUGAGCUCUCAAUACUGCACAGAUAUUACCACCCAGCUUGAGGAAACACUAUCAGCGGCGGCACCACUUUCUUUCGCAACGAAAUUCAUCAAGAUAAUCUCCCAGCACAACAGUCCAGCAGACUCUCAAUUAUUCCCAGCAAGCUUGCUUUAUUCUUUUAAAGAUGCCCCCCUCUGGGUUUCUUUCUCUUUUUUCCCCGCGUCAGAGUCAACCACCAAUGUCCGUUAUGAUCUAUUCAACCUGUCGUCUAAGACUGGAAUCAACGAGAACGAGCUCGCACACGCCGCUGCAGAAUCCAUCAAAGCCAUCUUGCACAAGAUUGAGACGGACUUCCAGUCGGUUACUGCUGGAUCAGUGGCGAAUAGUUUCAAUAUUCACCAAAUUGUGCAUCAAAUUCGAGAACAUGCGAGACUGGAGAAGCAGACUGGUGGUCAAAUUCUUCCAGCUAUGCGUCAACCCAAAGGAAGCUCUCUGUUCCAACAAGCCGAGCAGCGUAAGAUUCUCGAUAUAUUCCUGCAUUUUGUCAAUACUAACAUCUUAAUUAGUUUGCAAGGAAAUCGAUUGUGCCGGCUCUGGCUCUGGAUCGGGCGUUGGAUCGGCUGGGCUAGACUGGUAAUGCGAUGGACAUGGAAAGGGCCUAUUUAA